AUGAUCCCCAGACACAGCAGGCUACACAAGCCAGCUGUUGGAUUAUUGCCACAGCACUAUCUCAUCGGGGAAGGCGUGUCACUCCCCGAAUUACUCAGCGCCCCUUUGUCCUCGAUCGGUGCCCAGCCAGCGACACUCAUGGCGGCUGCACCCGUCAGGCAGCGCUCAGGGCCAGGGGGACCCCGGGCGCAGCUCCCGCCCUGCUACUAUGAAGGAUACCUGGAAAAGCGAGGACCGAAAGAAAAGGCAUCCAAGCGACUGUGGACAUGUCUGUGUGGGAAUUCUUUGUAUUUCUUCAAUAACGCCAAGGACAGUCAUUAUGUGGAGAAGCUGGACCUUGGUGGGUUUGUGUCCCUAAAGGACGACUGCAGCCGGGACAGAAACUUGGAGGCGGCCAGACUCAUCCUGCGCAUGAAGGAUGGAGAGACCAAACUCACAGCCCCCAACUUGGAAUCAAGGGAGCUGUGGAAAGGUUUCCUCUACUCCGUUGUAGAUCUGAAUGUGCCCUCCUGUCUCACACUGCUGCCGGGCCAGCUGCAGAUGCUGAAGGAGGUGGUGGACAAAGAAAGAUCCAGACGGAGAACCCGCACUCCCACACGUGCACCCCCCUCGCCACUCUCCGUACCUUUAGUAGGAGAGAUCCCCCCGUGUUUUCGACCAGUGUCUCGAACGGAGGCUGAAGUCCUUUUGGAGAGACACCCAGACUGUGGUAACAUGUUGCUCCGUCCAGGCAGAGAUGGGUGCUCGUUGGCUGUCACGACUCGGCAGGACCUCAACGGGUCAGUGUUCAGACAUUACCGUGUCACUCAGAGGGACCAAGGUGGUUAUGUCAUUGAUGUAGAAAAUCCAAUUCCCUGUGCUACACUUCAUGAGGUAAUCGACGCUCUGGUAGAGAAGACAGCAGGCACUCUACAGCCUUUCCUACUGGAGGAGCCUUAUGAAGAGAAUAUCACAUACGUUUCUGCCAAUGAUGAGAACGGAGAAAGGAUCCUGCACACUGCCCCCUCCAGCCCCCUGCCAAAGGUUCCUGCCCUGCCUCCAAAACAAGAUCGUUGGCCCGGCAGCCCCCUGUCCAGGUCCCCUGCCCCCGACCGCCGUAUCCUGACCUCACCAGUCCCGGCCUCGCCCACCAACCCAAUGAGACGGCUCAUCCUCUCUCCUUCUCCUCUCGCACAGACACUCAAUGAGGAACUCAAAAUGAAGCUGGAGAAGAGACGAGCCAGUCAGGAGUGAUUCACUUAUAGGAACAGCAUACUCAAUCUUCAGUGCCAACCCCCUUCUCACCGCAGCUAUGUAUUCAUCCUGUGCCUUCUAGGUGGAAGACAAGGCACUACAAAAACCACCACUUUCCCGUAGGGAGAUACAAAAUGUUGGACUAAGAUGGUUAAAUGGAUUCUGAUUAGCUCCUUAAGAGCAAGACUGGCUGGUAAUCACUGGAUUAGGUCCAUAAAACCUCAUAAGCCUGUCUUGGUUGGGGUAAAGAUCCACUAGUGCUUUGUCCACUUGCAUAAAGCUGUUUACAAACUGCCUCUGAGCAAAAAAAUAGUGCCACAACAUAUGAUUUUCCUUCACAAUACAGUCCACACUGAAUCAAUAUGACUGGCAGCUACGUAAAACCUAUCUGAGAAGCCCUGACAUGUUCAGGACCACCAGCUGAGCCUGAUGUUUUCCCGUCUGAGCCCCUGUCUGAGCUGCUGAUGUUACUGCUGAAACACUGGAGACUAAGAACUAACAAAUCACAGACUGCAAGGAUCAACACGGAGCGACAAACUCUGACCUGAGACCUGAGACAUUUUAUCUGCUCUGAAAGUAAAAUAAGCCAGGCAUGAUCAGGUUUCAGCUCAACAAUUCUCUUCAUUCACCUCAUCACAUCACAUAACUUGACUGAAAAAAAAAUGUGUCUGAAUACAGUCGAGCUGGUCUGUAACUGAAAACUGCACAAUUUCUGCCUGCUGCUCAAGAGUGUUUUUUGUGAUGAUAAGCAAUUGCUGAUUCAAUGGCGUUGUGGGUCAUUUAUAUGGAAGCCCAUGUCCUCCAGUAAAAGAAAAGAAAAAUAUUUAAAAAGUCAUCACGUUAUAAUAAUUUGAGUCAUGAUCAUGAGAAACUAUUUUGUUAAGAAAAUAACAUAUCUUAACAUAACUUAGUUGCCUCAAAAUAAUGAGAACAUGUUCUCAAAAUAAUGACUUAAUAUCACAAAAUUUAAAAAUGAGAUGGAAAAAAAGUAAAAGCCAAACAGGGCCAAGUCAUAUAGACAAACUUGCAUCUCAAAAUAAUUGGUUAAUAUGACAUAAUUUUAUCUAUAAUGAGAAAUUACUCUAUCUAAUUACUAAGUCUGUUUAAUAAACUUAAAUUACCCUUUGCGUUUUGGCAGAAAUGGGCUUCCAUUCAUUUAUGACUGAACUUUAACCGUACUGUUGGUGCUUAUUUUAAAGUGUUACCUUAGUCCCUGCUACUGUGUACGUGCUCCUGUAUGGUGCUAUGACUCACCGGUGCUCAGACCUGACUGGAAACUCCAGGAGACUCAAUCAAUCUACUGUAAUCAUAUGUGAAAGUGACCUCUAGUGGAAUGGCUGUCAACUAUAAGGACAGAGACAUUAUCAGCACACAUUCUUUGGGUAUUAACACAAGUACAAAACAUUUUUUGUUUCAGACUGAACCUGGCAAAAACUUUUGGCUUUAUCACAGUAUUACACCGCACCCUACCUCUCUACGGUUCAAAAGAAAAUCAUAAUUUAUUAAAGGUCUCAUGGUGUUAUUACUAUAUUGACAUUUAUUAUGACAAUUAUCCAGUAGAUUUGAAGUGUCUGAGUACUGGUGGUAAACUGUGAUCAACUGACUCAUAAGUAUCCUCUUACAACGAACAGUUUCUUGUAUGUUUGUACAUGAUGUGUCGUGUCUACUUGAUCACUAUCAAAGAAUAGUGUUUGUUAGAUAUCAAGGGCAUUAAAUGGUUUUGCAUGGAUGCUGGUUGUCCUGUUGUGAAUUGAUAAUUUGUGAUCUCUCAAAUAUACACCAUUUUUUUGUUUCCUAAGUGUCAGGCUGUUAGGACCCAGUUAUUGAUUGAAACGGAUUGACAACAGGAGAACAAGGAAAUUAAAUUAUGUCGGAAUUAUCCCAGAAUGAUAGAAAAAGAGAGAAAAUGUGUAAGCAAAGUUUACAAAAGACCAUGUUAUUUUUUUAGGUUUGUGGUGGUUUGUGUAUUUUUUCUAUUUUUUAGACAAUCUACUUUGAUCUCACACAGUUUGGGUAGGUACAUUUAUGUUAGAAAUAAACAGUUGUUUUUUUAUUUGAUUAUUUCAUCAUUCAUCCUCAUCAUUUAUUCUUGAACAAGGAAAAGUGUUUGGUGGACUUUUACUUGAACUUGUCUGCACCGUUCUCUUC